AAUAUUAUCCCACGCCUCUGAGUUCCUCAUGUCAGAACCCAACUCUCCAAAUCACCUCCGUCUUCCCCCAUCAUUUCAUUUCUUCUUAUCUUCCACACUUCCUAUUCAGACAAAGAAAGGCACUCCCUCUAUACGACAUAGAAAGGCAUACAUACCUAAUACAAGCAUAAGGAUGAUGCUCGUAAGGGCAAUAAGCCCCAAGCUACUGUUCCACGCAAAGCCAGCAAAGACCAGACCCAACCAUGUCAGAGCCCCUGUCUUCAUCCGAAGCAGCAUGUCUGAAACAGGUAAAGCUCCUUCUUUUGAGACGCCCAGAUUGGUGGUCAAGACGGUUUUGGCCACAGAACAACCUGAGGGUGAUGGUGCUGUUGUUAGGAGAUCCAUUGGAAGGAGGGAAUUGAGGUCUUUGGAUCCCUUUUUGCUGUUGGAUCACUUCUCAGUGACUCCUCCUGGGGGAUUUCAUGAUCAUCCACACAGAGGUUUUGAGACUGUCACAUACAUGUUCCAGGGAGCCAUUACCCAUCAAGAUUUUGCGGGCAACAAGGGGACAAUUCAAACCGGUGAUGUGCAGUGGAUGACAGCAGGUAGAGGGAUCGUCCACUCUGAAAUGCCUACAGGAGGACUUACAACCGGUUUACAGCUUUGGAUCAAUUUAUCCUCCAAAUAUAAAAUGAUUGAACCAAGUUAUCAAGAACUCCUAAGCGAGAAUAUAGAAAGGGCAGAGGAAGAUGGGGUUGAGGUCCGAGUUAUAGCAGGAGAAUCCAUGGGAGUCCGAUCUCCGGUUCACACCCUAACUCCAACAAUGUAUCUGGAUUUCACUCUAAAACCCGGAGCUGAACUGCAUCAAAGUAUCCCAGAAUCAUGGAAUUCCUUUGUGUAUAUAAUUGAAGGAGAAGGGGUCUUUGGCUCCCCAAACUCGGCACCCGUGGCAGCUCACAAUCUCCUGGUUCUGGGUCCUGGAGACGGUCUAAGCGUGUGGAACAGGUCUUCAAAUAAUUUGAGAUUUGUGUCGCUUGGAGGGCAGCCGCUUAAUGAACCAAUGGCUAAGUACGGGCCUUUUGUGAUGAACACACAAGCUGAAAUCAAUAGGACUCUUGAGGACUUCAAACAUUUCAAAAAUGGGUUUGAACUGGCCAGGACCUGGAGAUCUCAAUGAGUUGAAAAAAGAAACCUAUCUGAUCAUUAAAGUGUUGGAACAAUUGCCUUCAAAAAGCAAUUUCAUGAAUUUAUUAUGGGUUCUUGGA